CGACGCGCCGGUCACGUGACCGCCUUUGUGCCCGGCGCUGCGGGUCGUGGUGGCGCAGGGCCUGGCGUAGCCUGGCGACAUCAGUGGCCAGCAAGCUUCGACUGCGGGCAGACGUGUGUAUCGUCGGCGGAGCGCGGCUCGAUCUCCCGUCGCGGCUACGCGAGAAACUCUCCUUUUUUUUCUCCCUCCCCCCUCUCUGUCUUCACUGGACGCGUGUGUGUCUCUCUCUCUCUCUCCUCCCGCUCCCGUCGUGCUCCCCCCCCCUCUCUCUUUCGUCCAUCUGUCGCUAUCAGUCACCCCCGUCUCCGCGGCGUGUGUUGUCGCGCGUGUCGUCGGCUCGGUCGGAGAGAAAACGUUCUCCCCUUCGCGUGUGGUUCCCGGGUUGGUGUUCUUGGUGCUCCGCUUCUCAUCCCGCGUGUGCUCCGAACGAGCAAACAAGAGAGAGAGAGAGAGAAAGAGAGUGAGUGUUUCGCUGCGCGAGGAGGCGAUUACCACGCAGUGGCAAAACGGCAGUGGCGGCGGCGGUCGCGAGGGAGAGCCCGUGCGUGCGUACGUGCAGCGUGCGUGCGUGCGUGCGGGCGUGCGUACGUACGCGCACCGAGGGAACAUCGUGGACUGGACGACGUGGACGGCCACAAACGUCGUCGGCUUCCUCCUCGCGCGACGCGUUCCCAUCGCCGCGUCGCCGUCUCCUUUCUCCACCACGUCGCGUGUCUCCUAGAAACAAGCGCCGCCCUCCGCUGCUCGUCCACCACGUUUCUCCCCUCCUCCACCUUGAUCCAUCACCGCGUUGGCACCCAGGAGGUAACCCCGACGGCGACAAAGACGACGACGACGACGACGACGUACGUUGUUAUGAAGCCCGCCGCCACGGGAGAGUGCGAUUGACGGACGCGGCGGCGGCGACGCGUCGUCGGCGGAGAGAGUGCGGGAGCGGACCGUGAUUGGGAGUACGCAUACAUACACGGAGAGUGCAGCGGUGCGUGUGGUGUGUGUGUGUGCGUGUGUGCGUGCGCGCGCGCGCACGCUUCUGUGCGUGCGCGCGUGAAUGGAUGCGUGCAUCAAACAUAACCUAACCUGAGCGUCGCCAAGCGCGCUAAGUGCCGUUCGCUGUCACGCUCUCGCGAUAUCGUACGUGACGGAAGGGAUAUAUAUAUACAUAUAUAUGUUGCAUGCAGAUGUACAUGCGUAUCAUCGGGAUUGCGGAGACAGGCUCUUCGAGAUCGGGGAUCGCACAGGCGCGACGAUAAUAACGGUGAUGCCCUCGGCGUCCUCGUCGACGUGAGCGCGAGCGACGGCGAGGUGUGCGCGCGGGAGGUGGAGGACGACACGUCGUCGCUUAUCUCGGAGCGCGUGAUAAAGGACGCCGUCCGCGCAGCGUAUCGCUCGCGCGAGUGACCGCCUCGCCAGUAGAGUGUGACCGGUGUGAAGACCGGAGCGAAGACAUCCCUUCGGUGCUGCAGCGAGAGAAGAGAGGAACUAUGCCCGUCGCGUGAGAUUCAACGUCUCUAACAUCAUCACCACCACUAUCACCACCGGGUCCACCACCGAUCGACUCGCCCGCCGAUCGUACGUGGCUGAAACGGGCGACACAAAGUAACGGUGGCUCGCCUCGUCGUCGUCGUCGUCGUCGAGGGGGCGAAGAAGCACGGCCCGUGAAGUGGGGGCGGACGGGCCAGCAAGUGCUUUGAUGGCAGUGGUUGGGCCCAGCCGGCACUCGCGGGUGUCCAUGAGCGUGUCCAUACCGCUGAUGCAGGGCGGCGGGGCGGGGGACCGGCGCCGGCGGCGGGGCGCCGGUGCCGCCGCAGCCGCCGCCGCCGCCGCGGCCGCCGGGGCCCACCCGGGCCAGGCCGUCCUCGCCGCCGCCGCCGCCGCGGCGGCCGCGGCCCAAGCGGCGCCCCCUUACUACCACCCUGCGGCCCCCGCUCCCCCGCCCCCGCCGCCAGCCCAGGAUCCCGUCCAGCCGGACCGACCCAUCGGUUACGGGGCCUUCGGCGUCGUCUGGGCUGUCACGGAUCCGAGGGAUGGUAGGAGAGUAGCCUUAAAAAAACUGCCGAACGUCUUUCAAAGUCUCGUGAGCAGCAAGCGAGUCUUCAGGGAGCUGAAAAUGCUUUGCUUCUUCAAACACGAUAACGUCCUUUCCGCGCUGGAUAUCCUUCAGCCGCCGCAUCUGGACUUCUUCCAAGAGAUAUACGUGAUCACCGAGCUGCUCCAGAGCGACUUGCACAAGAUCAUCGUGAGCCCACAGCAUCUCAGCCCGGACCACAUCAAGGUCUUCCUUUAUCAGAUCCUACGAGGCCUCAAGUACCUUCACUCGGCCCGAAUUCUCCACAGGGACAUCAAACCCGGGAACCUCCUAGUGAACAGCAAUUGCGUACUAAAAAUCUGUGAUUUCGGUUUGGCCCGGGUGGCGGAACCCGACCAGAACGUCCACAUGACCCAGGAAGUGGUGACACAGUAUUAUCGCGCGCCGGAAAUCCUGAUGGGCGCGCGACACUACACCGCCGCGGUGGACGUGUGGAGCGUCGGCUGUAUCUUCGGCGAGCUCCUACGCCGGCGGAUCCUCUUCCAGGCCCAAAGUCCCGUGCAACAGCUGGAAUUAAUUACGGAGCUACUGGGUUCGCCCACUCUCGAGGAGAUGAGGUAUGCGUGCGAGGGCGCGAAGUCUCACAUGCUGAGAAGGGCGCAGAAGCCGCCGUCGCUCGCGACCCUGUAUAAUCUUAGCAGCCAGGCGACGCACGAGGCCGUCCACUUGCUCUGCCAGAUGCUAGUCUUCGAUCCCGACAAGAGGAUCACUGUGGUGGACGCCCUGGCGCAUCCUUAUCUGGACGAGGGACGGCUCCGAUAUCAUUCGUGCAUGUGCACAUGCUGUUACACGACGAGCGCCGGUAUGAGACAGUACAGGGUGGAUUUCGAGCCUUCGGCCGCCCAUCCGUUCGACGAUCUCUGGGAGCGAAAGCUCACGAGUGUGCAGCAGGUGAAAGAGGAGAUGCACAAAUUUAUAGCGGAGCAGCUCAACACCUCGCGAGUGCCGCUCUGCAUUAAUCCGCAGUCCGCGGCGUUCAAGAGCUUCGCGAGCUCCACGGUGGCUCACCCCUCGGAAUUGCCACCCUCUCCACACCAGUGGGAAUAA